AUGUGGUACGCAAAGAAGGUGUUAGUGACAAACCCUAGUAGCUUUGCUAUCGUAGAGAAUGACAGUGGCUGGUUCAAACGUGUGUUUUUUGCCUUCAAAGCAUGUGUCAUUGGUUUCAAGACAGGAUGUAGGUCAUUGUUGUACCUAGAUGAAACUCACUUGCUCGGUAAAUACGGGGGCACUUUGUUAGGUGCAACGGGAAAAGAUAGGAAUGAUGGUUUCUUUCAUGUGCCAUUUGCAAUUGUAGAUAAUGUAACGGAUGGCAACUGGACGUGGUUUUUGUCAAAGCUUGGAGAUACUAUAUACGAUGAUGACGAAUAUGUAAAACUUAUUAAAUUCAUAUCUGAUAGGUCCAAGGGCCUUAUCAAUGCUGUCUCGAGGGACAACUACAUGUUCAAAGGUGAGAGAUGGGGGGAGAUGUACUCAAACAUGGCGGAGUCAUUUAAUGCAUGGAUAAAAGAGGCACGCCACCUCUUUGUCACAAACAUGGUAGACUUGAUAAGGUUUAAGAUGAUGGGCAUGUUGUGUCAUCAACGUGAACAAUCUCGAAGAUGGGAGAGACGUCUAUGUCCUGUCAUACAUAGAAAGAUUGAGGAACUUGUUGAAGAGCCUCACAACCUAUUGGUCGGCCGUUCCGAUGGUGACCAUUUUGAAGUGGUUGACCUAAAGAACUACUACAUCAGUUUGAACGGUCGAACAUGCUCAUAUCGUAGGUGGCGGGUAUAUGGCAUUCCAUGCAAACAUGCAUGUACAGCAAUACUGUAG